AUGUACGAUCUUGAGAGGCGGGCCAUUUUCUCUAGGAAAUGGUUGCUCACUACACAUAAGGCUAGACUGCCCAAUACGGGAGACUGGGUACAGUAUGAGGUUGCUGAUUUCAAGUUCAUCAUUGCCAAAGACCGCACCGGCGCCAUCAACGCAUUCCACAAUGUCUGCAGACAUCGAGCUUUCCCAGUUGUCACACAGGAAAAUGGCAACAACAGUAUCCUUGCGUGCAAAUACCACAACUGGACCUACGGUCUCAACGGGAAGCUUACUAAAGCACCAGGAUAUCAAGAACUGGAGGGAUUCGACAAGUCGAAAAAUGGACUCUUCCCUAUACACGUCCACAUUGACGCAAACGGAUUCAUCUGGGUCAAUAUGGACAGUGCCGAGAAACCAAUUGCCUGGGACAAAGAUUUUGAUGGUAUCGAUAAACAACACAGAUUCCAAGCUUAUAACUGGGACGAUUAUGUGUUCGACCACACCUGGGAAAUGGAGGGAGAAUAUAACUGGAAGAUAUUGGCAGAUAACUACAACGAAUGCUAUCACUGCCCUACGACACAUCCUGACAUCCCGAGCAUUGCAGAUUUGGACGCAUAUUCGGUCAGGACAGAGAAGGGUUAUGUCCAACAUCUCGGUAACCCCACGCCGGAACAGAUUGCCAGAGGCUUCAAUGUUGCCGCCACGUACUAUUUCCCUAAUGCUUCAAUGAACGUUUCGAACAAGAACUCUAGCGAUGAAGACUUUAAGGUGAUCAACGACAUCUACAAACGCAUCAUGUCGGAAGACAAGGUCCUGUGCCUCAACGCACAGAAGAACAUAAACGCCGGCGUGUUUAUCAACGGUGAGAUGCAUCCGAGGUUGGAGCAGGGUCCUCUGUUUUUCCAGAACACGGUACGCGAGGCGGUCACUGCACACCACAUGCAAGAAGCAAAGGCAAAGCGCGAGAUAUGGCCGUCUCGACAGACUCUGCCGGAUUCUGCCACUGUCACCAAGGACGACUUCGAGUUCUGCUCGAGUCUGGACUGUUCGAAGGCUGAAGGGUUGGAUUGGUAG